ACUGAGGAAGAAAAUGUCCAACCGAACCACCAUGACCGAGUUCCUUCUCCUGGGAUUCUCUGAUGUUCGGGAGCUGCAGAUUUUACAUUUCAUGGUGUUUCUAGUGAUUUACCUGGCAGCCCUGAUGGGGAAUCUUCUCAUCAUCACAGUUGUUGUCCUUGACCACCAUCUUCACACCCCCAUGUACUUCUUCCUGAUGAAUUUGUCCAUCCUAGACCUCGGCUCCAUCUCUAUCACUGUCCCCAAAUCCAUGGCCAAUUCCCUCAUGAACACCAGAUCAAUUUCUUAUUCUGGAUGUGUUGCCCAAGUUUUUCUCUUUGUCUUUUUUGUUUCAGCAGAUCUUGUUUUAUUGACUGUCAUGGCGUAUGACCGAUACGUUGCCAUCUGCCAACCACUGCACUAUGAGAGAGUGAUGAACAGGAGAGCUUGUGUCCAAGUGGCAGCUGUUGUCUGGAUCAGUGUUUUUCUCUACUCUGCACUCCACACUGGGAUCACAUUUUCAGUCUCCUUCCGUGGAGGCAAUGUGGUGGGUCAGUUCUUCUGUGAAAUCCCCCAGCUCCUCAAGCUCGCCUGCUCUGACUUGUACCUCAGUGAAACUGGGGCUAUUGCCUUUAGUGUGUGUUUAGGCUUAAGUUGCUUUGUUUUUAUAAUUGUGUCGUAUGUUCAGAUCUUCAAAACAGUGCUGAGAAUACCCUCUGAGCAGGGCCGGCAUAAAGCCUUCCUCACCUGCCUCCCUCACCUCACUGUGGUGUCCUUGUUUUUUUGCACUGCCACUUUUGCCUACAGUCAUCCCACCUCCAGUUCAGCCUCAGGUCUGGAUCUCAUGGUGGCUGUUCUCUAUUCUGUGCUGCCAGCAGUGAUGAAUCCGAUCAUCUACAGCAUGAGGAACAAGGAGAUCAAAGCUGCAUUGAGGAAACUGAUAGGGUGGAGGUUAUUCAACUGA